CCUAUUCCUCGAUUAGAUGACAUGCUUGAUGCAAGAGAAGAGGCCCAUUGCAUAUUUCAGCGAGAAGUUGAGCGGAGCUACGCUUAAUUACCCGACUUAUGAUAAAGAGCUUUAUGCGCUUGUUCGAGCUUUGGAGACUUGGCAACACUACUUGUGGCCAAAGGAAUUCGUCAUACAUACUGAUCAUGAGUCUCUCAAGUAUUUGAAGGCCCAACACAAGUUGAACAAGAGGCAUGCUCGUUGGGUGGAGUUCAUUGAAUCAUUCCCUUAUGUGAUCAAGUACAAGCAAGGCAAGGAGAACAUAGUUGCUGAUGCAUUAUCGCGAAGAUACACGUCGAUCACUACCAUGGAUGCAAGAUACCUUGGAUUCGAGCAAAUCAAGAGCAUCUAUGAGGAGGAUUCUGAUUUUCGAGAGAUUUACAAGCUUUGUGAGAAGCAUGGAGAAGGGAAGUACUAUCGACAUGAGGGCUACUUGUUUCGUGGUAAUCAACUUUGCAUACCACGUACUUCACUUCGAGAAUUGAUACUACGAGAAGCUCAUGGAGGAGGAUUGAUGGCACACUUUGGUGUAGCCAAGACUUUGAGUUGCUUACAAGAGCAUUUCUAUUGGCCACAUAUGAAAAGAGAUGUGGAGAGCUUAUGUGCUAGAUGUGUAGAGUGCAAGCAAGCUAAAUCGAAGGUGCAAUCGUCUGGAUUGUACACUCCACUACCCAUUCCCUCAUUACCGUGGGUUGAUAUAUCUAUGGACUUCGUAUUGGGGCUUCCAAGGACAAAGAGAGGUCGAGAUUCUAUCUUUGUGGUGGUGGAUCGAUUCUCAAAGAUGGUACAUUUCAUUCCAUGCCAUAAAACUGACGAUGCGGUUAAUGUGGCGGAUCUGUUCUUCAAAGAGGUGGUGUGCGAGGCGACAUACCUCAUCCCGAGAACGUGGUGGUUCCACUCUUGGUGGCAUCAUGUUCCAAAACAUGAUAUAUCUGCAACGUCAAGCUAGUGACGUCGGCAGGCAACCCAACAGAGAUUUGUUUUCUUUUCCUUAUUUUCGUUUUUGUGAGUCAAGUGAAGAGUUCUAAUGGUCGAGUGGUAUCCCCGUGCCACGUUUUGUGAUUGUGAAUUUUGAGGUUGUGUCGUGAUCAAUCGAAGGCACGGUGGAAUAGGUCGAGUCAAAAAAAUUCAGAAGUGUCCUGUUUUCACUAGUGUUCACGGACGGAUUGCCAAGUUCAUGGUCUUACAAGACCGUGAACAGGCCAGCGCAUCCGUGAACCAGGCACUUCCACGUGUGUAACACUUGUUGACCAUCCCCAGUUCACGGACAAAUUGCAGAGUUUGCGGUCUCUAAGACCAUGAACUAGCAAACGUGUCCGUGAACUGCGAACCUCGCCUAUAAAAGGGGCGUGAACGU